AAGGCAUUGAUUUUUUUUUAAAGAAUAACUUCACAACAUUAAAACAAAACAGGACUGGUGCUGCUGUGAACCGAGGAAGGGUCCGGAGGUGAGCGCUGUUGGCCUGACACAGUAAAGGGCUUUGCAGGAUCAUGUUUACCUGUCGCCUGCCUCGGUGGAGAUCCAGUGCUACCUGCAAGCCCUGGCAGUCGGGUCGCUUUCUGCCUUGCCUCUGGGAGAGGUGCCACCCGCCAAGUCGCAAAGGAAUCAACACGACUGCGGGGCAGGGGCAACAGGUCGGUGCGCAGAAGAAACAAGUAUUAGAAGAUCUGGAAAUGCCCCUUGCAAGGAGAGAAACUGAGAACCUCUUCCAAGAGCAGCCUGAGACUGGGAACCAGUAUCUGGAAGAUGCUUUGCUUCGGAGUUACCUGAAAACGCACCUCCCUCCCAAGGUACUGGAGGAGGUGAAUCGGGACCUGGAGAGAUUUGGAAACCGUCUGCUAACCAAGAUCAGACCUCUAGGGUGGGAAUGCGAGUUGAACCCCCCUGUGUUUCGGCAGUAUGAUGCCUGGGGGCAGCGGGUGGAUCAGAUCGUCACCUGCUCGGCCUGGAGGAAGAUGAAAGAGAUUGCGGCAGAAGAGGGGCUGAUUGCUGAGGCCUAUGAGAGAAGAUACUCCAACUGGAGCCGUCUGCAUCAGGCUGUCAAACUGUACUUAUUUUCAAGCUGCUCUGGAGGUUUCAACUGUCCACUGGCCAUGACUGAUGGGGCAGCCAAAGUCAUUGAGUCCCUAGGUAUUCCUGGAUCCCUGAAAAAUGCUUUUGACCACCUGACAUCUCGUGACCCCAAGAAGUUCUGGACCUCUGGCCAGUGGAUGACCGAGCGCAGGGGAGGCUCUGAUGUUGCUAACGGCACCGAGACAGUGGCCAGAAAGCAGCCAGAUGGUACAUAUCGUCUCUAUGGUUUUAAAUGGUUUACAUCGGCUGCUGAUUCUGAUGUGACACUAACCCUGGCCAGGGUAGCGGAUGCUGAAGGACACGUAAAAGAGGGUUCCAGCGGCCUGUCCCUCUUCUUCCUGAAGGUUCGAGAUGAGGAAGGGAAGCUGAACAGCAUCCAAGUGCAAAGGCUGAAAGACAAGUUGGGCACGCGGCAGAUGGCAACAGCAGAGCUGUGGCUGGAUGGAGCUAAAGCAGAGCUAAUCUCUGCAGAGGGUCGUGGCGUGGCCUCCAUCUCUAACAUGCUGAACAUAACUCGGAUCCACAAUGUCAUUGGUGCAGUGGCUUCCAUGAGAAGGAUGAUCAGUCUGAGCAGGGAGUACGCCUGUAGGCGGGUUGCCUUUGGGAAGCUCCUCAAGGACCAUCCCCUACACAUGCAGACGAUAGCCCGGAUGGAGGUACAGACACGAGGGGCGUUUCUUCUGCUUAUGGAGAUCGUUCGGCUGCUUGGACUUGCAGAAACCAACAUGGCGAGUGAGCAAGACCAGCUUCUCUUGAGGCUGCUGAUACCAGUUGCCAAACUGUACACUGGGAAGCAGGCUUCUGCUGUUGUUGUUGAGGCAAUGGAGAGUUUUGGAGGACAAGGUUACAUGGAGGACACCGGCUUGCCAGUCAUACUCCGCGAUGCUCUGGUACUCUCCAUAUGGGAGGGAACAACAAAUAUCCUGUCACUCGAUGUCCUGCGAUCCCUCACCAAGAGUCAAGGAGAGGUGAUGGCUGUGUUCUUCUCCACAGUGCAGAAAAAGCUGGAGCGGGCUUCGAGCACGGCGAAACUGGAACCCGCCGUGAAGCGAAUGCGGGAUGCCGUCAGCAGCCUCACACGGUUCAUGCGAGCAGCUGGUUCAAAGGGAGCACUGACCAUGGAGCUAGCAGCAAGAGACUUCUCCUACAGCCUAGCGAGGAUCUACACAGGAGCUCUUUUAAUUGAACAUGCAGCUCGGCCUGAUGCUUCCUCCACAGACAUCGCCGCUGCUCGAAGGUGGUGCCACCAGGAGCUGUGCCCUGCGGCCACGGAGCUGGAGAACAGCAGCUACGAGGCGGAGGAAGCGCUCCAGGACAGCGCGCUGGUGUACGAGGGCAGCCCUGCCCGCGGCAGCAGGCUCUGACCCACCAGAGGCAAAGAGCGAACGAUCAAAUGUGGCGAAUGACUUCAAGCAGCAGCUCUUCAAGUGCCAGCUGGUGUUCUUUUUCAAGAAAAGCAACCAAAAUCCAACUGCGAAUGAGCUGAAGCUGAUUAAAUACAGAGAAACACCCUUUUUCCCUGUUCGCCAUCUUGCUUUCCAGUGCUACGCACGCUCUUCCACCCUGGCACCUGCCAGGGCUGGGCUCUUCUUCCAGGGCAGCCUCUAACCCCACCACGGCCGCGAGGACGCUACGUCCCUUCAUACCAACAACCCCCACGGGAGGUGCUGGGCUGGGCUCAGGACCCUCCAACUCAGCGUUUGGUCUCGGCAGCUCGUUGGGUGAAAAAACAGCUUUGGAACCCAAAGUUUCCAUUUUCCUGGUCUUACCCGGCCAAGGCUGUCGCUGCGCACGGCAGUCGUCAGCUUAGUCUAGCUCGUGCUUUUCAUGUUUCCUGUUACGUUCUACCUUGCCCCAAACAAGCUUUGCUUUUAUUUUAACUUAACCUGGAGUAGAGGCUUUCCCUCCGCACGUAUCGUUGGGCGCCUCGUCCCUGCCGCCGCCGCUAAACCCAGCUCCCCCGUCAGCCGAAAUGGGCGAGGAAAACGUUCUCACCCCGCUGCGUUUCAAACACGGGGUGCAGGAAUUUGGUAUUUGCGGCUCCACAAAUGGUCAGCGUUGACAUCAACACCGCAGAGCUGUUCUGUAGCAGCUGCGGGGGGGAGGUAACUUCAAUCGCAGCGUUCAAAUUGCAUCAAAACUCUACAAGUUGGUACCAAAAUUAAAGAAAAAAUUCAUUUUCUUA